AUGGCAGGUAUCAACCUCACCCCCUCUGACCCUUCCACUUUCAUCCUAUUGGGUAUCUCUGGCCUGGAAUCUGCCCAUGAAUGGAUUUCCAUCCCUUUCGGUAUAUUGUACAUUAUUGGCCUGUCGGGAAAUGUCACACUUCUGUUUGUUGUAGGCAAAGAGCAGACCCUGCACAAGCCAAUGUACCUGCUGUUCUGCAUGCUUUCACUCACAGACAUUGCCACAUCUACCUUGGUUGUGCCAAAGGCACUGUGUAUAUUUUGGUUCAAUUUGAAAGGCAUUACUGUGGGUGGCUGCCUCACCCAGAUGUUCUUCCUUCACACGAUUUCUAUUACGCAGUCAGCCGUCCUUGUAAUAAUGGCCUUUGAUCGCUAUGUUGCCAUAUGUAGCCCUCUGAGAUAUACCACCAUCCUCACCAAUGGACGAAUAGCUAAGCUAGGGCUAGUGGGUUUUUUAAGAGCUGUUCUCUUCAUUCUUCCCCUGCCCCUGCUCCUCAGCAGGCAGCCAUUCUGUGCCAACCACAUUAUCCCCAACACGUACUGUGAGCACAUAACUGUGGUGAAGAUGUCAUGUGGGGACAUCACAGUUAACAAGAUGUACGGCUUGGUUAUAGCAUUUGUGGUCAUCGGGUUAGAUCUGGCACUCAUAGUCCUGUCCUAUGGCCUGAUUAUCAGGGCUGUCCUCCGAAUCCCCUCCACGAAAGCCCACCAAAAAGCCCUCAACACUUGCACAGCCCACAUGUUUGUGAUGCUUAUGUAUUAUACUCCCGGCCUCUUCUCCAUCCUGACAAACCGAUUCGGUAAGGGCAUUGCUCCCUACAGUCACAUCAUCUUGAGCAACCUCUAUCUUCUUGUUCCUCCCAUGCUCAACCCUAUCAUUUAUGGGGUCAAAAACAAAGAGCUUCGUGACAAAGUGGGCAAAUACACCUGCAGAAGUUAA